UUCCAAGAAUUUCCAGUCAUUCUGUGCUUGAAUGAUUUUGUGUUUAAGAUAUAUCUCCUUAAGUUUAGCAGAUCAUUUAUAUAAGAAGUGUAUCUGAAUUAUAGAAUAGGCUUACGUUUAAUUAACAAACGGAGCUUUUUGUGUUUAACCAAGGGACAAUUCGACACGGUUGAUGACAUUCCAUGGAGGUGUCCAAUCAGAGCGCCACAGAAGAACACCUGAUAGCAGACCGGCCUAUCAGUAUCACAGUUUCAGACGAUGGUCUAUGGAUCGUAAGGAUGGAUAAUGAGCGGCAGAGUUUAACGAUAAUGAGCAGCAGACUCAGUGAGAUUCGGAGAUGAUAUAUGAGGAUGACGAUCGGAGAACAAGGGAGUCUUAGACCAGCACAGUCGAUAGGGUUGUUCGAGUACUCAGGGGCCAGUGCAGUAGGCAGGUUUCGACCGGCUACGCCAUGUUUUGAUAAGAUUGCUAGACGUAGUAAUCCAGUUCAACCAGACACGAAUACAUCUUGCAGUUUUGUUGAUAAGAUUCCUCCUAAACUAGAUGACAAUUCCAAAGACCAUCAUGCGUGUUGGGUUCGUUCUAGAGGUCACACAUCCACGAGGAUUCCUGCUAAUACCGUGUUGUUACUUGCUAUUGUCAAUAACAGCUUGAUCGGGCCAAGAAUAAUUGAUUCUACUUCGUCAGCCGAGACCAGACUUCCUCCACCAUUCGUGACGGCCAACCUGUUAAAGAUCGAGACACCGUGAUACUCCAUUCCACCUACACCAUAAACCAUUGCUUAGAAAUAGACUUUGAAAGGUGAUUGCACCAUCAUAGAUUUGGACACCAAGAUAUUUCCCUUAAAAUAGGUUAUGAGAAGAUGUUCUCCCGUGUUAAUUAAUUAGUAUAGUACAAAAAGCUUACUUCCAUUGUUAUAUAAUCAUUUUUUUAUAAGAAGGUUUUUGUUCAUUAAUUACACUACUAUUAUUAUAGUAGAUCUAUAUUCUUGCUUA